AUGCUUAGAAAAAAGAAGUAUGAUGAUGCAUGUAGAAAAGAGAAGUAUGAUGAUGCAUGUACAGAAAAGAAGUAUGAUGAGGCAUGUAGCAGGAUUACAAUCAAUAGUGGUGUGGCACCUUGGACAGAUCUUCCUCAUGACUAUCAAGAACUACCAAUUCAAUAUAAUAUCGGUGUCAGGAUGCAUUUGAUGUGUUUCUUCAACUUCCUCAUAAGCAAUAUAACACAGGCUGGGUUCUCUCUCAGGUGGGAAAGCUCAUUUUGAAUUGGUUGAUUAUCUAGAAGCUGAGCGUGCCUUUAGCAAUGCCAGAUUGGCUUCUCCUUAUAGCUUAGAAGGAAUGGAUAUUUAUUCUACUGUUUUAUAUCACCUGAAGGAGGAUAUGAGGUUGAGUUAUUUGGCACAAGAGCUAAUAUCAAAGGAUCGCUUAGCCCCUCAAUCAUGGUGUGCAAUGGGAAAUUGCUUUAGUAUGCAAAAAGACCAUGAAACUGCUCUCAAGAUUUGCAUAUGCUCACACCCUUUGUGGUCAUGAGAGUCUGGAAAAUAUUUCAUAAGGAUGCCCAACAAAUGGAACUUUUCAUUUGAUUAUUUCUAUUUUGCUUUUGUGGUGAUAGCAACUCUAUAAUUCCAUGUAUCAUUUAGGUGGGAAAUCAUUCGUUCUUAUAUGAAGAUUUAUUUGGUUAUUGUUGUUGUAUUAUAAACAUUUAUAGCAUUUGCCUUGUCUUU